GCGAUGAUGAGAGGAUUUGUGCCGUUAUAUCUUGGUUUUGAAAGCAUAACAAGGGAAGAUAUUAUCAACCAUCACACUAGACCGUUAGCCAAGUCCCUUUUUGAUGCAAAUGAUGGGAAAGUUAUUUUAGUUCUUGAUGGAACUUAUGUUUAUAUUCAGAAAAGUAAUAAUUUUAGCUUUCAAAGACGUUCAUAUUCAAUGCACAAAGGUCGUCCAUUAGUGAAGCCCAUGGUUAUUGUUACAACAACCGGAUACUUUGUUACAGUGAUGGGCCCUUAUUUUGCUGAUUCAAAGAACAAUGAUGCUUCUAUCCUGAAUCAUAUGUUGAAAACAAAUACUGAAGAGAUAAGGGACUUUAUUCAGGAGGAUGAUAUUUUUGUUGUCGAUAGAGGUUUCCGUGAUUCUCUUGAACUUUUACAAGAUUUAGGCAUUAGGGUGGAAAUGCCUUCAUUUCUAUCCAAGGGACAAAAACAGAUGACUUGUGAUGAUGCAAACAAUAGUAGAUUUGUAACCAAGAUUCGCUGGGUUGUAGAAUCGGCAAAUGCCCGGAUUAAAAGUUGGAAAUAUUUUAAUCAUGUUCUCCCAACUAAUCAAAUUCCAUACAUUGGUGACUACAUAAGAAUAGUUUGCGCAAUAUGCAACAAGUAUUUUAAACCACUUUGCAAUGCUGAUAGUGAUGACGAUUCACGUUUGGCCUCAAAGAUGCGUGCAUUAUCAUCAAACGCAAACAUAUUAAAAUCUUAUGUUGAAGAUAAUAAUCUUGAAAGAAGAUCAGCUUUAUGGAAACCUGUGGACGACUCAUCAUUGCAAAGUUUUCCAAGGUUUAACGAAGAACAGUUGAGAUCGUUGACGUGUGGCGUAUAUCAACUUAAAAUGUCAUCAAGUUAUAUACAGGAACAUUUAGAUGGAAACUGUGAAAUCCAUGUCCACAAUGAUGAUUCUGAUUUGAUCCGGGUACGGAUCCAAAGUCGGCACACGUCAUCCAGGAAAUAUCUGUUAUGGAUAAGAUUUUCUGCUGCAGAUAUUGAAGCUUGGUAUUGCAAAUGUCGUGCUGGAGAACGUGUUGUUGGUAUGUGCUCACAUAUUGCCUCUGUUGUGUGGUAUUUAAGUUAUGCAAGGCAUUUACAAUGUCAGAAGUUUGGUGUACACAACUGGGGAGAGUAUCUUGCAGAUGCUGGCAAAAUACCAGAGACAAUAGAUGAAACUGACUCUGAUACAGACGUCAGUGUUAUAGAAGAAUAGUGGACUUUGAACACUUUGUUGUUUACAUUCUGCUUAUUUCGCAGGGCUCUGCAACAAUUAAACUGCAGUGAAGUAAUAAUUGUAAGAUUUUUCUUUCACAAAUGGAUUGUUAUAACAGUGGAAGUACAAUUAAUCCUUGUAAUAAUUAAUUGUAAUUUACUUACGUUAUUGAUUUAAACAUAUUUUAUUGCUCUUUUUGUACACAUUUAUAACGUUAUAUUAUCAUAAUAUAAACACAAAAGUAGCAAAACGGUUGAAACACGAGUUCUUACAACAUCAGCAAACGGUUUUCCCUGAUAUAUUGAAUUAUCUUAUAAUAAUAAUAAUGAUAAUAAUAAUAAGACAGUUACAAACCAAAUCGAAUGAUAGUACUUGUGUUAUUGAUGUAAUGUAUUUACAUAUAAUUAUAUUGUAUUUAUAUAUAUGUAUUUAAGAAAAUAGUAUACAACAAUGACGGCUUCAUAACAUUAUAGUGACCAAUCUGACUGAAGCGGAAGGCUAAUGUCCGUGCUAAUGUCUGUUUGAUGUUUCGGGCUGACUGGGAGGUCAGUAAAAUGCUAAGAGUUGUUUUGAGUUAUUUCUUAUUUAAUAUAACUUCAUUGUAAAAGUUGGAAAUCAUAUUGUUUAAAUCACAAACAAUCUUUUAAAAUGCAAUGAAAAUUAUUGGCAUUCAGCUUAUAUUACGUGCGCUUUUUUUUAUUUUUCACACCGUAACACAUUAUAAUACUCCUCGCUCAGACGGUAAUUUUUUUUUCAGACCGAUGACGUCAUCGUGAAUAAAGGCCCCUUUAUGUACCCGAAAUGCAAUACUUUCAUUUUUAUUUCUCAAAAUAUUUUUUAGUUUCAAACAAGUUACUCAUUGGUCUUCUUCUUCUGUUACUUUUAGGCAAUAAGUACAUAUAUAAUAAC